GAUUGUCAGCAGGGACGAGGGGUCUGCCCCCCCUCGGGGGGGCAGGACGGGACCUCAGGCCUGGGUGCCGUCCGGCACCUGGAAGAUGCCUGUGUCCUGGUUCCUGCUGUCCUUGGCACUGGGCCGAAACCCCGUGGUCGUCUCUCUGGAGAGACUGAUGGAGCCUCGGGACACUGCACGCUGCUCUCUAGGCCUCUCCUGCCACCUCUGGGAUGGUGACGUGCUCUGCCUGCCUGGAAGCCUCGAGUCUGCCCCAGGCCCCGUGCUAGCGCCUACCGGCCUGCAGUCGGAGCUGGUUCUGAGGUGUCCCCAGGAGACAGAUUGCACCCUCUGUGUCCGUGUGGUUGUGCACUUGGCUGUGCAUGGGCACUGGGAAGAGCCUGAAGAAGCUGGAAAGUCUGACUCAGAACUCCAGGAGUCUAGGAACGCCUCUCUCCAGGCCCAAGUGGUGCUCUCCUUCCAGGCCUACCCCAUCACCCGCUGUGCCCUGCUGGAGGUCCAGGUGCCUGCUGACCUGGUGCAGCCUGGGCAGUCUGUGGGCUCUGCGGUGUUUGACUGUUUCCAGGCUGGUCUUGGGGCUGAGGUACAAAUCUGGUCCUACACGAAGCCCAGGUACCAGAAAGAGCUCAACCUCACACAGCAGCUGCCUGACUGCAGGGGUCUUGAAGUCCGGGACAGCAUCCAGAGCUGCUGGGUCCUGCCCUGGCUCAAUGUGUCUACAAAUGGUGACAACGUCCUUCUGACACUGGACGUCUCUGAGGAGCAGGACUUCGGCUUCUUACUGUACCUGAGUCUGGUCCCGGGUGCUCUCAAAUCCUUGUGGUACAAAAACCUGACUGGGCCGCAGAACAUCACUUUAAACCACACAGACCUGGUUCCCUGCCUCUGCAUUCAGGUGUGGUCGCUGGAGACAGACUCUGAGAGGAUCAAAUUCUGCCCCUUCCAGGAAGAUCCCGGUGCACACAGGAACCUCUGGCACAUAGCCAGGCUGCGGGUACCGUCCCCAGGGGUAUGGCAGCUGGAUGCGCCUUGCUGUCUGCCGGGCAAGGUAGUGCUCUGCUGGCAGGCACCAGACCAGAGUCCCUGCCAGCCACUUGUGCCGCCCGUGCCCCAGAAGAACGCCACUGUGAAUGAGCCACAAGAGUUCCAGUCCGUGAGAGGCCACCCCAAUCUCUGUAUCCAGGUCAGAACGGUGAGCGCCUGGGAGAAGGUUCAGCUGCAAGCAUGCUUGUGGGCCGACUCCUUGGGGCCCUUCAAGGAUGAUAUGCUGUUAGUGGAGAUGAAAACCGGCCUCAACAACACAUCAGUCUGUGCCUUGGAACCCAGUGGCUGUACACCACUGCCCAGCGCGGCCUCCACGAGAGCUGCUCGCCUGGGAGAGCAGUUGCUGCAAGACUUCCAGUCACACCAGUGUAUGCAGCUGUGGAAUGAUGACAACCUGGGAUCGCUAUGGGCCUGCCCCAUGGACAAGUACAUCCACAGGCGCUGGGUCCUAGUGUGGCUGGCCUGCCUACUUUUGGCUGCGGCGCUUUUCUUCUUCCUCCUUCUAAAAAAGGACCGCAGGAAAGCGGCCCCUGGCGCCCGCACCGCCUUGCUCCUCCACUCGGCCGACGGAGCCGACUACGAGCGUUUGGUUGGCGCACUGGCAUCUGCGUUGAGCCAGAUGCCACUGCGCGUGGCCGUGGACUUGUGGAGUCGCCGCGAGCUGAGCGCGCACGGAGCCCUAGCCUGGUUCCACCACCAGCGGCGCCGGACCCUGCAGGAGGAUGGCGUGGUAAUCCUUCUCUUCUCGCCCGCGGCCGUGGCGCAGUGUCAGCAGUGGCUGCAGCUUCAGACGGUGGAGCCCGGGCCGCAUGAUGCCCUCGCCGCCUGGCUCAGUUGCGUGCUACCCGAUUUCCUGCAAGGCCGGGCGACCGGCCGCUACGUCGGGGUCUACUUCGACGGGCUGCUGCACCCAGGCUCUGUGCCCGCCCCGUUCCGCGUCGCCCCGCUCUUCUCCCUGCCCUCGCAGCUGCCGGCCUUCCUGGAUGCACUGCAGGGAGGCUGCUCCCCGUCCCCGGGGCGACCGGCGGACCGGGUGGAACGAGUGGCCCAGGCGCUGCGAUCCGCCCUGGACAGCUGUACUUCUCGCUCGGAAGCCUCAGGCUGCUGCGAGGAAUGGGAACUGGGACCCUGCCCUGCACUUGAAUAAAGGCCG